AUGAAUUUCAAAAUCACUAGUGCAAUCGCCUCAGGUGCCUCCCAAUCCGACAGCAGUGACAAUCAGGCCAGUACGGCAUCAAAGCCGAGCAUUGGCGCCAAUGCCGAUGGGGUUCUCACACCAGACGAAUACACGACGAAGGAAGACACCAAGGAGCGGGAUUUCCAAGAACCUUGUUGCUACAAGUUCCAAUGGUCGUCAUUAUGGCGACGAGCCGAGGUCAACCCCAUUAACGGCAAGAGCUUCACGUUUCCGCUCUUCCGCGUUUGGGAUCCUUACUCAACCGCAUUCUGGCUUGCCACUUUGGGCUUCUUCGUCGCUUUUCUCUCCUGGUUUACCUUCUCUCCGCUCAUGCCCGAGGCGGUCAAGGCCGACCUCAAUCUUACCCAAGACCAGGUCAUCAACUCCAAUCUCGCAUCCCUCGGUGGUACGGCCACUGUGCGUCUCAUUGCCGGUCCAGCUUGCGACAGAUUCGGUCCUCGAAAAGUCCUCGCUACUCUCCUCAUCCUUGGCGCCAUCCCUUCCGGCCUCGCUGCGCUUGUCACCAACAUUAGCGGCCUCGAAACUGUGCGAUUCUUCAUCUCGAUUCUGGGCGGUGCCUUUGUUCCCACCCAAGCUUACACAACUACCUUUUUCGAUAAGUCCAUUGUGGGCACGGCCAAUGCAUUCUCGGGUGGUUGGGGUAACCUCGGUGGCGGUGUCACCGUUGCCGCCAUGAUAGGGCUGUACGACCGAUACACCAAGGCGGGUUACAGCUCCCAUCUUUCCUGGCGUCUCUGUCUCCUUAGCAUUCCCGUUCCAUGUCUGUGUCUCGUCGCUGUUACAGUUCUUCUACUUGGAAGGGACCACCCUGCUGGCAAGUGGUCUGCCCGACACCAGUUCAGCAGCACCGCCAUGACGCUCGCCCAGCGCGACGAAUCCGCCCUUGAUGCCGACGCGUCCGACAAGAGGGUUGCCUCUCUAGACAGUGCUCAGUCGGAGCCGCUCACCUGUGCCACGCUGCUCAAGAUCCUUGCCGACCUCCGCGUCUGGAUGUGCGCCUCGUGCUAUCUGCUCACCUUUGGUCUCGAAACUGCCAUGGACGCGGCACUCCCUGGCCUGAUGAAUACACUGUUUGCCAGCAAAACGUUUACCGUCGUCGACGCCGCCUACGCGGCUUCCACUUACGGGCUCCUCAAUCUUUUCGCUCGACCUCUAGGUGGAAUCGUGUCGGACCUUCUUUAUGCCCGAUUCGGCCUCCGUGCCAAGGUGUACUGGCUGCUAGCCACCACCCUUUCGCAGGGUAUUGCCGUGCUCGGCCUGGGCAUCUACAUCAAUCACAGCGACGCCUCUAUCGGUGGUGUGAUUGGGUUCAUCGUCUUGAUCGCCAUCACCGGUUUUGCAGCCAAUGGUGCCUGCUACUCCGUCUACGGUCACCUGCGUCCAAAGAACAUUGGCGCCGUGGCCGGUAUCGUGGGUGCUGGCGGCAACUUUGGCGGUCUCUUGUAUACCCUGAUCUUCAAAUACCAACCCGGCAGACGUCUUUCUCCUUCUCCCGUUGAUCCUCACGGCUACAACUCGCUGGGGACAAAGUUCUGGAUCGCCGGGGUAGUCAACGCUGUGAGUGUCUUGCCGUUCUUAUUUGUUGGCCUGGGAGAUGCUGUCUAG